AUGUCCGUCAACACGAUGCCCUCGACGCCCUUGGCCGGUCGCAUUACCGAUCCGAUUCUGCUCGAGGUGCUCAGCAGAUACACCAAGACCUCGCCCGAGACGGUCGACGACCUGUUGGCUGCCUGCAUUGAGAAUGACUUGCCCAAAUUCAGGGCCAGAUUUGACGAUUGGGCGUCAAGUGGCUAUGAUGUCCAUGAGCUUGCUGACGUGAUGCGAGAAGCCGUGUGCCGCAACAAUGUCGAAAUUGUCUCCAUGUUACUCUCGCAUGGACAGAGUCCGGAAGCCAGUUACGCCACAGACGCAGUAAGGCACAGAGCAAAGGAUGUGCUUGCAGUCUUCCUGCAAAACGGCUGGGAUAUCAACGGGUGUCCAGCUCAGGGUCGCCCCCCUGUACUCGGUCUCGCCGUCCACGAUGAGGACAUGGCCACAUGGCUUCUUGACCGCGGCGCCGACCCAAACCAGCAAUCCCUGAUUGACCUCACGCCCACGUCUGUGGCCGUCAAGGAAGCUCCUCUUUCCACGAUCAAGCUAUUCUUCGACCGAGGCGCGGACGUCAAUAAGGGACAGCUGCUCCAUCACGCUGUUGAACGUGACUCCGGCGAAGCGGGCGUUGUAGCUUUUCUUCUUGAAAAGGGCGCUGCGAUCAAUGCAAAGAUGUACGAGAACCACCCGGUCUCUUUUGGUCUGUAUUGCAUGAUGGGCAUUGGAACUCCGCUUCACUUCGCUGCACAAGCGGGUAAGUAUGGCCUGGUGCAAUACCUUCUGGAAAAAGGUGCAGACCCGACUAUCAAGGAUGCUCUAGACAAGACUGCGAUGGACUGGGCGAGGUUUUCUGGCCACGCGGAUGUUAUGGGCCUCCUGAAGAUUGCCAUGGACAAAGACGGUGCGACUGCUGAGGCACGGGAUGUGUGA